AUGGAGGACCGUUCGUUCAUGGUCCCGAAACAUGAUGGCUACAACGUGUUUCCAAAUACCCCGUUGUUCAGCCGACUACUGCGAUACGCAAGUCGGAGACCUGCGCGCAUAGCGAUCGAUGAUGUACGAUCCAAGCAUCAAAGGACACACAUCGAGUUGCUCUCCGAUGUGUUGGCGUUGCGCGAGGUAGUUUCAAACACGCUGGAUCCUGUGAUCUUGACAGCCCUAGAUCAACGAGAUGAGGUAUAUAUUGCGAUAGUAGCGGCCGGUGGUUAUGAAUAUACAGUUGCAAUGCUCACUGUACUUUCCUUGGGUGCAGCAGCUGUACCUAUAACACCGGCGCUUCCUGUAGAAGAAGCAGCAUACUUUAUCGAGAAGUCUCAGGCUUCAAUAGUCCUUGUAAGCUCGAUGGACCUCGAGAAGUGCUGUGCACUCGAGAAGCGGAUCGCGGCUACCAGUAACGCCAAUUUUCGCGGAAUCCCAAUCGGUUCAUGUAUCUACGCACCAACACUGGAUCCAUCGGACAUCUUGAUCUCUUCAGAUCGAGCGCUAGAGGAGAAUGCACCGGGAGUCGUCAUCUUUACAAGCGGGACAACUGGUCCUCCAAAGGGCGCUGUCAUGCGCAGAUCGUUUGUGUUUGACUGCGCACUGUCGGUUGCGGACCACUAUAGGCUCACAGAGGAUGACGUGAUGCUCCAUGUCCUCCCCGUACAUCACGCAACCGGUGUGGGAAUCAACUUUUUCCCGUUCCUGAUAUCUGGCAGCCGCAUAGAAUUUCGGAGUGGUGGUUUCGAUGAAGUUUGGAUGUGGGAGAGAUGGAAGCAAGGCGCGACUAACCCUCGAAGACGGUUGACAUUCUUUUCGGGCGUUCCGACCAUAUACAUGCGGAUGCGGCGGCACUAUCAACGCCAUUUAGUCAAGCUGCCGUCAGAAGAUCUGGCAAAAUACAUUGCUGGGGCGCGACAGUUUCGGGCAUGCCUCUGUGGAACAUCGGCGUUACCACAGCCACUGAACGAGUUCUGGACCUCACUCAUGCAGAAGAGAAUAGUGCAGAGAUAUGGUGCUACUGAGUUCGGUGCUAUCUUCAAAGUUCGUUUGGACGACAAGAAGGUUCCGGAUGGAUCUGUCGGUCAAGUCGCAAGUGGCAUUGACGUGAAACUAUCAGACGGUGAUGAGGGUGAAGUCCUGGUGAAGAGCCCACACAUGUUCUCCAAGUACCUGCAAGAUCCUGAGGCUACUGCGAAAGCUCACGACGAGGAUGGUUACUUUCGUACCGGCGAUAUAGCGCGAAGAGAAGAUACCUAUUACUAUAUCGUCGGGCGAGCAUCCUUGGACAUUAUCAAGUCUGGAGGGUACAAGAUCUCUGCCCUGGACAUUGAGCGCGAGCUACUCGGACUACCGUACAUAUCCGAAGUCAUGGUUGUGGGCGUCGCUGACGAAGAAUUUGGGCAAAGGGUGGCUGCAGUGAUAUCACUGCAGGAGGAAGAGCUGACUGACUCCUUCUUCGAAACAUAUGGCAAUGCUGAUUAUGUCCUCACCAUUGAAGACCUACGCAGAGAUCUGCGUGAAAGAUUAGCGGGAUAUAAGCUACCGACGCUGUUACGCAUCACACCUGGAGAGCUCCCAAAGACGGCGACUGGCAAAGUGCAAAAGAAGAUCUUAGGUCCGCAGUUCUUUCCGGCUGACUACGAGACGUGCUCAGAGGUGCAACAGUGGCUUUUUCCAAGCAUACAAUUGGCGAAACUGUAA